CUACGCAAGGUUGCAAGUCGUUCCUCGAAGCGAAGUGUGUUGUUGGCCAGCUUGGUCCAUACAUCUCCGGUGGAGUUUCCUUCUCCCCCUUCCUCCGCCGUUCAACCCUGUACGAUAAAACCGGUCCCUGUAGCGUGUGUAGUAGGCAGAAGUGCAGAAGUGUCGGCGAUUUCGCAAUGGUUCCAAUUGAUAUUCUCUACUAUCGGUGAUUUGCCCCUCUGUUUGCUGAUUCGCAUCAUCGUCUACUACAGAACAGCGGAGUUGCAGUGUACCAGUGAAAAGCGGUCGUUUACGCCGGAACACCAUUACAAUCCCCCCGGAUCGAAGCACAUCCUGCACUGGAAGGUCGUUGGGAAAGUUGAGUUCAGAUAGCUGGCGAGAACAAGCUGCUACUGUCCAGAAAAGGACAUCAUCCGUGAAUAGAGCCACGGGCGCAUAGCCAACUAGGCACAAGGCAAAACGACGAACGCAUCGCUCGCUCUCUCUUGGGCAACACAUGGACCACUCGGAGCACCACGACGACAGUAGGCACGCGAACAUGUCGGGCAGUGGGGUCGGACACGCCGGCCACGGUAUGGUUGAUCACAGUGCACACGAUCACACGAUGAUGGAGCACGGGGCGCACGGUCAUGCCCACCAUGGGGCGGUUGCGAUGGGGCCCGGCGGUGGCGGCCCGGGCGCCAUGGUGCACCAUAUGAUGUCGAUGUCGUUCCAUGGCGGUUACGAGGAAACGAUCCUGUUCGAGCAGUGGAAAAUCGAUAGCGUCGGCGGGCUGCUGUGGUCGAUGUUGGUCAUCUUCGUGAUGGCCGCCCUGUACGAGGGCCUCAAGUACUACCGGGAGCAUCUGUUCUGGCGGACGUACAACGCACUGCAGUACCGCCCGGUCACGGUGACGGAAAAGAGCAACGGUAACGGUGUGGCGGCGGCCGGCGGCACAUCCACCAACGGUGACCAACGAAGCGGCCCCACCGACGGGCUGAACGUACUGAUGGGCACGGGAGCUGGAGGCGGUAGUGGUACUGGAGGUGGCAGCAGUGGUGGCAGUAUCCUGAACGAGGACACCAACCGAGUCGUACACAUGGUUGGCGAGGUGAUCCACAAGCAACCACCUACGAUGCUGUCACUGAUGCACCUGUACCAAACACUGCUGCAUAUCCUGCAGGUGACGCUGAGCUUCCUGCUGAUGCUGAUCUUCAUGACCUACAACACGUGGCUCUGUCUGGCGGUGGUGCUGGGUGCUGCCCUCGGUUACUUCCUGUUCGGCUGGAAAAAGUCCGUCAUCGUCGACGUCACCGAGCACUGUCACUAAAUGGCGCCAACAAAAGCAUGAGCAGAAUCGAAUACCACGAUGCGGUUUUGGUCAACGGUGGGAAGGUGUAGCGCCAGCCGACCAUCGUAGUCGCGUUGGAAGAGCAUGCUCGUUGUAGGUUAGUUAAUAAUAGCCGGAUUUUAAGGCAGUCACGCCAACCACACUACCGUACAACCAUGGUCAUAGAACUGCCGUCUGACUUCAGGUCGACGAUGCUCGUCACGUUCCACUGCGAUGGCAUAUCCCACGAAUCUACGGCUAGUGUAAGAGCGAAGCGAGGCCUAACCCCGGCACAGAUACCAAAUCCACAACUGUGUCUGAGUGGAACCAUGCAGACGUGUCAGAGAUGGAUAAGCAUAAAUGAGCAAAAAUCGCAAAAAGAAUCGAGUUUAGUGUAAAAUUUACCGGCACGAAUUUAAAGGUGUGGAUAGUUGGGUGCAAUCUAGCGUUUCUCGCGAGUAUGCCAGACACGCUUCCGGCGAUUGGCAUAAGUUUUAUCUCUAGAAAAGUUAAACCACCUAAUACCCCCAGAGUGACGAUGCUCAAGUGUCACCCACGCCUAGAAGCACCGGGUGGCAAUACGCUCAGAUUAGGAUACUGGAAAAACGGUUACCGUAAGCAUUGUUUGCAAAAUGAAACAAAAAAGUACGUAUGAUGCUAAAUGUUGGAGAAUGUAAAUGUAAAUAGUAUAAUCGAAGGUGCUGAUGAUUGAACCAGGAUUGAUCACUAUCAAAAAUCGUGCGCUUCCGAACCUCUCCGGAAAACCGGAAGCGGCAUGAUGCUACACACACACACACAAAGACGAUAUCGUACUAUAUACAAAACAAAAUCCUAUAUCUGAGCUUUUUGUACAGGAAGUAGCGAAAAGAGGGUCUGAUAAAGAGAAAAAUUAGCCAGACACUCACAAGAAGAAACAGAAAAUAUUAAGCAUGCGGAAGAAACAGCCUUCGAUGGGUUAGGAAUUGAGAAUAGCUGUUGGUGAUAGGUUCAAACAAAAAACCAUAUAGAUGUUGCGUUUGGCAGGAACUGGCGAGGAGGCGACCGGUGGAAACAGUGUAUCCUAAAACCUGAGGUGUAAAGAAGGGCUCCCGCUUAGCGGAACGCAAAAGUGAACAAGACACUAGAAAGACAAACGAUAAACUAUUACACUUUUACGAAUUCUGAGCGGUGGCCGAUUUGAUCCAGAAACCACUUCGCAACAGUAAUCCAUGUGUCUCCUUGUAUUGGUCAUUGUUGUUGUUGUUUUUUUUUUUUUGAGGGUUUAGUUUUGGCAGAGAAAAGGAACCAUCCUUUUAUUCUUUUAUUUAAGUUUUUUGUUUUCUUUGGUUUUAAGCAUGCUGUUGGAGUGGAGAAAAGAAAUAGAGCAUAAUCGUUAUAGCAUCUACCUUUAAAUUCACACUCCAUUCUUGCCCGUUGAAAAGCAAUUUAUUCCCAUUGGUCGAAAUAAGCAGAAAAAAUGUUUGUUUUAUUCUUCCCUCAUUAGAAGAAAUUCAUUACAAAUCGCUAAAAGAUGCUGUGUAGAUAAUAAGCGCGCCACAGUAGGGAGAACCCCCGUUGUCCACCGUUAAAGCGUAACCACUCUAGAAAACAUUCUUUACUCGUAGACCACCCCGGAGGAGAGGCCCAGCAGGAACGCUCAACCGUACAUUUACCAAUUUGAUGGUGUUUACGUGGGAGGAGCUUACGAAACCCCGUUGAAAAAUAGGCUUUUAUGGGAAAGAGUUCCGGAGUUUAGUUCAGUUUAUUCAAACCAGUACUUUUUUCUUUAUUGUAGGAUCUUUCCUCCUCCGGCUUAACUACCGCGUCCGUUUGAAUUGGUAAUUUUCGCGACAAUUUUUCAUCUUACCGUUAGAAGUUUAUCUCCUAGUUUAGAUUGUUAGAUUUUAAACGAAAUGAUAGUGAUUUAUUCUCUUUUUUAUACAAAAAAAAUCAUAUAUACACAAAAUACACACGGAAAUUGUAAAUGA